GAGGGAUUCCCGCUGAAUUGGGAUAGCUAUCUACAUAUAUCUUCAAAAUAUAAAUAGAGGCAAGGAAAUUCGAGCUGCAAACAACAUAAUAAGUUCUUGACAGCUAUCCAUCCUUAGGGAAAGAAAUCCAAUUGGCUGCAUAUUCCAAUUCCAAUUGAAGGGUUCCAUCACGUGAAGUGGUGGAUACUUUAGGUUUCCUGUCAAUAUCACGUUGCACGGCGCGUAGCGUCUUCCAAGUUUCAGUUCCCUACCCCAAACACAAGCUUUUACACUCCAGGCUCCGCUGAAAACUCUUUUCCAGUUCAGAACUUGUUUCCCAACACAAAAUAUCAGAAUAUCCGACGAAUAUAUCCGACAAUGAGCUAUUACCUAACAGAGGCUGAGGACGGGACAGACAGGAUGGGCGACAUGCUCGCCUGGCGACGAGACGCAAACGGGAAACUCAUGAGCUCAGCUGUAUGUCCAUACCCCUUUUCUUUGCGUCUCGAGCUUUUGACACCCCCUUUAUCACAUACUAACCAUCUCUUUCCGAUAGGAAUACUACGCAAGUCCGCAAUACCAACAGAAACUCAAAGAAUAUGCAGCAUUGACCAAGAUCUCAUCUCCAGAGGACUAGCCCCCACCGUUCCCAUAACUGGGAACCGUUCCAUGCCCAGUUCUGACUCCUUGCCUCCCCCUGCCUUACAUUUCGCCGACGUUGCUGCUCCUAGUACUUCAUCAUUGAAACGUAAAUCCGAUACCUUCGCAGCGAAUGAAGACAGCGAUGAUGAACAUUACUACUUCCCAGCAGACCAAUGCGAUGUCGUCCGUCGAAAACUGCGAAAUCUCAGGGCCACAGGCGAAAUCACACAAGGAAAGCUGUGCGAGAAACUCGGCGUGUCUGCAAAAUCAUACCGUACCUUCAUGGGGAUGAAUGGGAAGACGAAUGGGAAGACGAAAGGAUUGAAUACUGCGACAUAUGGACCCGCGUACCGCUAUUUUCAGAAGCAAGAGAUGACUCAAGGUCCAGUCCCCAAGAAGAGAGCCAAGAAAGCAGAUGAGGAAGCUGAGAAUUCCAUCUCGAUUCGAUUGGACGGUGAAGAUACGGUCUCGGUCCCGGUGUUUGAUUCUUGUGAUGAGGUCAGGAAGAAGAUUGAGGCGCAUCUGAGAAUGCCUAAUGUGUCGAAUGCGGGGUUCCGAAGGGAGAUUGCGAAGACGUAUCCUGAGGCGAAGGCUAUUCAGUCCAAGGUUCUUAAUGAUUUUUUGAAUAAAACGGGCCCCAGUGCAGGGAACACGAGCAGUGUGUUCUAUGCCGCAUAUGUCUAUUUUGAAAAGAUGCGGUUGAGGGGUGGGAAUGUUAAAUCGAAGCAUAGGAUUGAGAUGGAGAAGAGACAUCCCAAUGGCUUUGAUACGAAACGGAGGAACGAGGGGAGGUAUUAUACUUGUAUGGAGGGACAAAAGAUCAGUGUUACGGAAGACAAGUUUGGAGUUAGUCAUGUUCAUAGAUACUGA